CCUAAGGAUAGUCAGAGCCAUCUGUACGGUACCGCUUGGUUUUGAGGCUUAUCAAACUGCUUUUAACGGAGACUGUAUGAAAAUGUGCAAAUUAUGAGCUCUAUAAAUUAAAGAAGAAAGAAAAAAGUGACCAAUAUACAGUUUCAUUCAUUUUCUUAUGAAGGAUGGGGAAACAUAAUAGUAAACUUAAACCUGAAGUUCUAGAGGACCUGCGGCAGAACACAGAGUUCACAGACACUGAAAUUCAAGAUUGGUACAAAGGGUUUUUGAAGGAUUGUCCCAGUGGAAACUUGACAAUAGACGAAUUCAAAAAAAUUUAUGGAAACUUUUUUCCAUAUGGAGAUGCAUCUAAGUUUGCAGGGCAUGUCUUUCGUACAUUUGAUGCCAAUGGUGAUGGAACUAUAGAUUUUAGGGAAUUCCUUUGUGCCCUUAGCGUGACAUCUCGAGGAAGGCUGGAACAAAAACUGAAGUGGGCAUUCAGCAUGUAUGAUCUUGAUGGAAAUGGUUAUAUUUCAAGGCAGGAAAUGCUGGAAAUUGUUAUGGCUAUUUACAAAAUGGUUGGAUCUGUAAUGAAAAUGCCAGAAGAUGAGGCAACACCUGAGAAGCGUACAGAUAAGAUAUUUCGCCAAAUGGAUAAAAAUGUUGAUGGUAAGCUGUCAUUAGAAGAAUUUAUUGAAGGAGCUAAAGGUGACCCAUCCAUUGUGAGAUUGCUGCAGUGUGAUCCCCAGUCAUCACAAUAAUACUUUUUUGGCAAUUCUUAGGUUAACUAAAUUGAUUUAUAACUUUUUGGUCUGACACUAGUAGAGGGAACCUUUUUGAACCAAAUCAUCAAAAUUAUAGACAAUAGUAAAUGUCUUCAAGUAUUUUACUCCUUUUAGAUCAAGAUCUCACAAUACUUUUCACUACCAAAUCGGUAUAUAAUGUGAUGUAUUUGUGUUUUGUACAAAUUAUUUAUAAAUGUUUUUAAUUUAAAUGAUGAUAAAGAUCUUUAUUAAUUAUUACAUUUUAAUGUUUUAAUAUAUUUUAUGGUAUUUCGAAGCUUAAGAUUUACUGUUAGUUUUUUUUUAUUAACAGUUUUCAUAGAUUUUUUUUUCAUUCAUAUAAAUUUCUAUUGUAAAUAUGUUCAUAUUGAUAGUGUAAUGACAGAAAUCCUUCUAAUCAAAAUGUUUUCCAUGGGUUUCCCUUGAAGUUAGUUGUAAUUUUACAAAACUUUCGUGAAACUUCACUUACAAUCUUUUAUUUUACUCAGAAACAAUAGGAAAAUAAUUCAACUCCUGAGUUAAAUUAAAGUGCUGUCUUGCAAAAUAGCAACAGUAAAAAAUCAGAGAAAAUUGUAGUCAGUGUAGAGAUUUAAUAUUUUAAAACUGAUUACUAAGGUGACAACUAUACAAUAUAUUAGUUCGUGUUGAUAAUCCUUUCAAAGCAUUUAUUUUUUAAUUCAUUAUUUUAAUGUGGAAAUGGAUAAUGAGCUAAUAUUCUAUAUUUUUAUCUAUCUUGAGUGUAACAAUAGCCUGUUUUAUAGAAAUAUUUUGUAUUAUUUAUCAUAAGCUUUGUAGCAAAACACUAAUCCUUCCAUCUCCCCCCCCCCAAAAAAAAAUAAAUAAAAUCAACUUACUGUACAUUGUAGUAUAAUAUUAAACCAAUGUAAAAAAACUAGUAAAUUUUAAAUUAUUUAUUAUGCUUAACAGAAUUGGUAAUACGAAACAAAACUUUUAUCAGAUCAUCAUAAUGUACUUUCACUUUUAUAUAUAGAAGCUUUGCCUACAGAAAAAUGAUUUCAUUUAAAAUUUACUGGAGUAACUUCAAUUGAAAUAUCAAUACAAAAGUAACAUCCUCCUAUUUCACAAAAGGCUAUUCAGGCUUAAACUAUGCAAUACUUAUUGUAGUUUGUUCUUUACAAAUUUUUAACUCUUGAUUAACUGAACUUUCCCGUUUGUAGCUAAUUUUAGAAUUUAAAAUUUACAAAUUGAUGCAGAAAAGGCAUGGCCACGGUAAGUAUGGUGUAAGUUAUGUCUACUUUUAUUUUUCACUAAGACUACUUCACUUAAUGAAAUUUCAUUCAGAGAUUAUUGAAUGAACAUAAUGUAAUUUCAUAUUUAUUCACCACAGCAAGUGGAUAUUAUAACAAAAUGUAACUUUUAUUUUUUGUACUUUCACCAGAAGUUCUUAGAAUUAUUACUGUAGUUUUCUCCCAUUGACUGACGUGUUCCAGUAACAAGAAGACUAAUUUGCUACUUUGCCAGUUCUUCUGAAUGAUAGUAAGGUUAAUCCAAAUAAAAUAAUAAUAAUAAGUAAAUGUUAUCAAAAAUAAGUGAUGUUAUUAAUCCUUAACAUAAAAAUGUGAUUUAUAAUUGAUUUAAAUUAUUAUAACUCACUCACUUAACCUAGUUUACACCAUUACAAUUCUUGUUCAUAAACACUGAUGACAUAUCCAGCUGGCCUGAUAAGCCAGGUAUCAGACAAAAGACCUUGUCGGUAUUGGAUAUGGCAUAUGUAGUGUGAUUGAUAUAAGAUAUUCUUCUUUACUUUGACUCUUAAGCUCUUUGAAUAGAUGCUGUUUGCAUUUUUUCUUAAUAGUAAUCAGGUACAAAAGAUUAUUUCACAAACCUAUCUAGAUCAUUAUUUUUAAAUAAAUAACUGAUAAUCUGCCAAAGCAGGAUAAUUAUGUACAAUGAUAGUACAAACAAAAUAAUACAUUGUUAUUGCAGAAAUAAAUGAAAGCUGAUAUGUAAUUAGAGGCCUAAAUUGACCUAUAUAAAUUCUGCACAAUAAUGGUUACAUGUUUAAAAAAGUUGGAAAAAUUAAAGUGCAUAUAGUGUUUAAUAAUAAUAAUGUAAAUAGAGACAAAAUACUACAGAGUAAACAAUUUUUUAUAGACAAGUAUAAAAUUGCAACUUGAAAUUUUAAAACACUGCUUAAUUAUGAUAUAAUAAAUUAUAUAGAAUAAACCAGAUUUGAAACAUUUAGUGCAACAUGAGUAAAAAUAAUUAUUUCCUGUGAGACUGCUUUUUUUUUUUUAAAUACUUUCCUAAGCUUUCUGAUUUUAUUGACUAAAUGAAUUAUAUGCAAUCUGGGAAACAUUCUUUGUAAAAUAAAAUAAACAGUUGUUUAGUUUGGUCUUUUAUAUAUUUAUAGAAAAAGAUUAUAUGGAUAAAUUAAGAUUAGUAAAAUUUUUUGACUUACUUGUUGGAUUAUCAUUAAAUAGCAACUUCAUUGGUUGUUUUUACCUCUGGUAAUCCUUCUACAAUGUAUUGUUGUUAUAAAGCAGUACUAAGUUUCAGUAAAGAUAUUGUACAUAGUCCAAAAUUAAUGUUUUAAAAAAUACUGAAUAUGAAGUAAAUAUACUGACAUACAGUAUUUUAGAAUUUAGUCAUAGUGUUUCAUCAAAUUUAACAAAAAUAUUAUCUUGAGAAAAAUGUAAUUUUAAAAUGAAAAAAUAUUUAUAAUAGAUUUGAUUGUAGUGGAAACAGCAGCACAGUUUUUCUUGUUUAAUUUUUUUUUACAAGUACAGGAUAUUGUGAGCUUCGAAGCAAGAGAAUAAACUAUGUAGUUUGUUGUUGAUAAUUCUACAUUUAGUACAAAAUCAAUACCAAAAAUAUUGUUCCACCAACAAAUGAAGUUACUUUUAAAAGUGUAGAAGGUGCAUACAUUAUCAUUAAAAUAUAGCAAAAGCAAUGAUGGGAUUUAAAUGAGCUAUCAUGUAUAUGUGUACUAUGAAAUAUUUAGAGAGAAAAGAUGGCAUUAUAUAGUUUAUUCAUGUAUAUGAAUUCAAUUGCUUCUAAAGCAUUUAUUAGUAUCUGUGUGAUACCUCAGCAAUUUUUUAGAGUUAUGUUUACCAGCAAUAAACAUUCCUGUUGGUGACGCUAGUCAUUUAAUGAAUUUGACUAAGGAUGGAUAAGUAAGUGGAGGUUUUUUUUUUGAUAAAAGUUUUGGUGUGUCUGUAGAGAAAUAGUUGAGAAAUAGUGUUUAUUUUAAUAAUUAGCAGAGAACUUUAAAAGAUACAGAAAUAUGAUAGAAUAAUAAAUUAUGUUGAAUUUAAGAUUUGGAACCAAGUUUUGGUGUUUAGUGUAAUAGUAAGGAUACUUCUUUCCUUCAACACUAAAUAAGAGGUUCUGGGUUUAAAUUGUUUUACUUAAUAGAUGGAUUAUCAUUAUUACAGACAUCACUGACUGUUUGUUUGUUUUUUCCACAAAAUAAUGCUUGUUUGGGUUAGUGCUAUGUUUUAGCCAUGGUAGUGUUUUAGUAUUCUGAUAUAAGGUAGGAGAGUAAAAAAUUUUGUAAAUAUUCCAUAUUUAAUUAUUCCGUGUAAAUUAAAGAUGUUUU